AAAUGCAGGAAAAGCAGCCAUUUUGCAAAGUGAGAGUCUCCUUGCUGGUUGUGUUGCAGAGGGUGUGAUACUGUCGAAAGAAAUUGAAAAAAGAAGUGAGCGAAAGACGCCGACUGGACUUAAAUAUUAAUUGUGGGGUUCGUGAAACAUCAGCUUAUCAGGAGACAAGGAAAAGAAAGUAAAAGUGUAUUUGAGAAGAACACAGGCGGGUUUGGUGAUGACAACGUCUGCUGACAAUUGUGAUGUUAAUCGGGUGGACAGUCUCUCUCAGGGGUUGGUGAUUGAGAAUGAAAUUGGAUCUAAGAAAAUGAACGGGACUCUGGACCACCCAGACCAGCCCGACAUCGAUACCAUAAAGAUGUUUGUGGGACAGAUUCCGCGAACUUGGUCUGAGAAGGAGCUGAGAGAGCUGUUUGAACCGUAUGGCAGCGUGUAUGAAAUCAACAUCCUCAGAGACAGAAGUCAAACACCCCCCCAGAGCAAAGGUUGUUGUUUUGUAACCUAUUACACUCGUAAAGCAGCAUUAGAAGCACAAAAUGCCCUUCACAACAUGAAGAUCCUACCAGCGAUGCAUCAUCCUAUUCAAAUGAAACCUGCAGACAGUGAGAAGAAUAAUGAAUUAUCCUACAAUUGUUCUGUUCCAGCUAUAGAAGACAGAAAGCUGUUCAUAGGAAUGGUUUCGAAGCAGUGUAAUGAAAACGAUAUCAGGCUCAUGUUUUCGCCGUACGGACAGAUUGAGGAAAGUCGAAUAUUACGCGGACCGGAUGGUUUGAGUCGAGGUUGUGCUUUUGUUACUUUCACGGCAAGACAGAUGGCACAGUCGGCUAUCAAAGCAAUGCACCAGUCGCAAACUAUGGAGGGCUGCUCCUCUCCGAUUGUCGUGAAGUUUGCAGAUACGCAGAAAGAUAAAGAGCAGAAACGGAUUGCACAGCAGCUACAACAGCAGAUGCAGCAGCUCAAUGCUGCCUCCAUGUGGGGGAAUCUUACAGGGCUGAACACACUCGGGCCCCAGUACUUGGCACUUUAUUUGCAGCUUCUUCAACAGACCGCCUCGACGGGGAAUAUGAAUGCACUUAGCAACCUUCACCCCAUGACGGGGCUAAAUGCAGUGCAGUUACAGAACCUGGCUGCAUUGGCGGCUGCUGCCGGUGCCUCUCAGAAUAGCAUGUCUGGCACAAAUUCUCUUACCAACUCCAGCAGUCCCCUCGGUCUCCUCACCAGUGCAGGCGCGGGACAGCAGGCACAUUCUACCUGGGACACAUACAAGGGUUCCUCCUCCAACUCAAGUGGCAACUCUUCACUAAAUCCUAUGGCUUCUCUUGGAGCUCUGCAGUCCCUUGCAGGUGCAACUGCAGGACUAAACGUUGGGUCUUUAGCAGGAAUGGCUGCUUUAAACGGAGGAUUAGGGAGUGGAAGUCUUUCGAACGGCACAGGCAGUACGAUGGAAGCAUUGACUCAGGCAUGUUCGGGAAUCCAGCAGUACGCUGCAGCUGCAUUACCUACACUUUAUAACCAGAGUCUGCUAACACAACAGAGCCUCGGGGCUGCGGGGAGCCAGAAAGAAGGUCCCGAAGGAGCGAAUCUCUUCAUUUACCAUCUUCCCCAGGAGUUUGGGGAUCAGGAUCUGCUCCAAAUGUUCAUGCCAUUCGGGAAUGUCAUCUCGGCCAAGGUUUUCAUUGACAAGCAGACCAACCUCAGCAAGUGUUUCGGUUUUGUAAGUUAUGACAAUCCAGUCUCAUCUCAGGCAGCCAUUCAGUCCAUGAACGGUUUCCAGAUUGGCAUGAAGCGACUGAAAGUUCAGCUCAAGCGAUCCAAAAACGACAGCAAGCCAUACUGAGCUUUUCUCUCAAAUGGACUUGAGUUAAAAAAUGUUUUCUGAUAUCUUCGUACCCGUUUGUGCAUCGUUUGCCUAGCAUGUCGAUGUGACGUCAAAAGUUCAUCGUCCAGCCCUUGUCUUCUGAGCUUCUCUGAUGCUUGACCUCUCACCUUUGACCUUGUGUUAACUUUUGACGUUUAUUAAAGUUUUUUUCAUUUCAGUUUGUGCUGCCAAUCAGUUAUGCUAGAAAGACUGCUAAACAAAAAAAAUAUAUUUGAAGUUAUCUUUGAGUAUUGUUACAAAGAGUCUAUUUUUCUAGAACUUCCUAAAAUAACCACUAGAUUUUGCAACAAAAAAACCUACUUCUAAUUUUUUUUAUUUUAAUUUUGUUUUUUGUUUCUUCUUUUUUUUUUUUUUUUUUUUUUAAAUAGCAGUCUUCCUAGCAUGUCACAUGUAGUAUUUGUAUUUGUCCUCAAGCAGCCAAUCAGUUUGUAGAAGCUACUGUGUGUGUGUGUGUUCUUCUUUCUUGUUAGUUCUAAACCUUUUUAGGGAUGAUGGUCACAUUUUGCUGAAACCAAGGAUGAAUUUGUAAUUUUGUGCUAGGUUAGUUAGCAUGACGUCUUUUUUGGGAGUUCUCUAUUAAGAGUGCUGUCAUUUAUUAUUAAUAUUAUUAGAAUUAUAAAUACUUGGAUUGUCUUUCUUUAGUGUGUCAUUUUUUCUGCUAAUUAUUUCUUUACCUUGUGGGGUUAUCAGCAUUUGUCUGUAGUGAAAAUAUUCUAAAACAAGCAAAAAAAUAAAGUAGAUCUUUGUCACAAUAAUUAGUUUAAUAUAUAUAUCUUGCAUGCAUGUUUUUCGUAACUGCACUGAAAUCCUCAGCAAAAUGUGAUUUAAUUUUGUUUAAAGAAAUCAUAGUGCCAAAAUUUUUGCAUGUUGCUGUUGGUCACAUCUUUUCUGUACAUCUUUUACCUACCUUUCUCUAUGGUUAAACAGCGCAAAACCCCCCCCAGAAAAACCCCAAUAAGUUUUGGUUUAAUGGGUUAUUUAAGUGUUGGUGUGGCAAAUCUUAUAGCUUAUUGCCAUCUUACUCAUUACCACUGUGUUUAGAUUAUGAUGCUUCUUCAUUAUAUAUAUAUAUAUAUAUAUAUAUAUAUAUAUAUAUAUAUAUAUAUAUAAUAUAUAAUUACUCACACUGUGUGCGACAGGAUCUAGGAGUAUAAAAGUGCUUUGUGUCCGUGUGCACAAAUUCUAUAAGGUUUAACAACAUUUCUACAGAGAAUUGAGAGAAAUUUACGCACUGAAGUAUCGAUUAUACUUCAACAUUCUCAUAAAAUAAAUUAAGUUACAGAAUUGGGUGGCACUGCAUAAUGUAAUUAAAGGCUUUCUGUGAAAUUUAAUGUUCAUUUUAAGAUUGUUCCCUCUCCUACCUUUUUUAUUUGUAUGUUGUUUUCAGUGAAAUACGUCUGCAGAAGCCCUGAUUUUAAUGAUCAGAAAACAAAUGCAGUUUAUCCAAAACUAGACCACUUAAUCUGAAGUAUCUCUGCUCUUUUUGAAAGAUGAGAAAGAACGGAUAGGCAAUUUCCAACAAAAGCACAGUUCUACAGAAAUAAACUACAAAUGAAAUCUUGCUUUAAAGUAUUUUGACAGAUAAUUGGAGGAAAACACAAAAACCUUUCAUUUUGGGGGGGACAUUGCGAAGAAUUGUUUGUCUGCAUGUGCACAUUUUUGUUUCUUUUUUAUAAUAAAUAUUGCAUUGUUGUAAUCUUACUGUCCUGAAUUAUCUACCAAAUUAAGCUUUCUUAGAAGUGUCCCAGAGAACAUCAGCGUUCUAAGAUUUUUCAGGUAUCUUUCCAUGGCGUUCUUCAGCAUAGCUGCACAUUUCCUUUUCAUUUAGACACAUAUUCUGAAAACCAAGAUUUCUCCAGGACAUGCCUUGUAAAGCAUUGUAUUGUUGUUCUGUGUAUUGGGGAGCUGUGGACUGAAAAACAUAAUAGAGAUACAACUGCAGGUUAAUGGCCCUGCUUUAUGUGAAAGGUCUAAAAAUGUCUCAUUUUUAAUCAUAUUAAAAGCGUUUGGGUCUAAAAUAUGUUUUUAGUGCUAGUGCAAUAGUCUAAAUACACUCUUCACCAGAUUGGUUUUAUUUUUAUUUUUCACCACUGAUACAUUCAUGCGGAGCCAGAAAAGGUCCCCUUUGCUAUUGAUAACUUGAUGAUCGCGCAGGAAACUACAUUCUGAAUUAGCGUUAAGUGAACACAUGCCCACCAGGAGUUCGUUUUCUGGGUCCGAUUUAAACAGUGUUGCCAAGCAUUUGUGUUUGCAGAUUUCAGUUUCAGAAGCAUCUCCCUAAUCCUGUGGAAAUGUUCAAAACUAAAAUGCCAAAAUGUUUCAUCAUAUGUUAAACUGUGGUUGUUUCAUUGAUUUGAGAUUCUUAAGUGACUGACUCCAUUUUUUUUCCAGCUGCGUUUUAUUUGUGUGUGUGGUUUUUUUUUGUUUUUUUUGUGUGAAUUAAAAUGUAAUCUUUUGAAAGAAACCUGUGGGAUUUUUUUUUUUAUUGGUACAAAGUGAUUGUAUUUAACACUAGGUUUUGUACAGUUUUUGCCUUUUUCUACUAGAAAAAAGCAAUUUCACAAUGUGAAAUUGAAAUAAAAAAAAUAAAAACCUUGUAGAAUUUGUCACUAUGACCAAACUUAUCAGUCUGUACUGCAGUAAGAUUAAAAAAUAAUUAAAAGUAAUUAAUCUGAAGUCUUCAUUACUUCUGGCAACAACAAAAAAAAAGCUUUUCUUUUUUGAAAGUCAUUGUGUGGUUUUGAUGUAAAAUUUAGAAACAUAUGAUUUAUUAAAACGGCUAAAAAAAUACUUUUUUGUGUAGCUGAAUAAAAAUAAAACAAAUGUUACAAGUUUGGAACAGCAAGUAUUUGUUUAAUGAUUUUCCUACCUUUGUCUAGACUGGGGUACUAAACUGUUUUAAUUGCACAUGCAACAAGCAGUCCUUUUGUAUGCCAAGUGUGGUACCUAUUGUUUAUUUACAAUUAAACUGUUUGAGAAGAUUCA